AGCACAAAGUCAUCUCUCUGAUGAAGAAUCAGCUGAAGAGGUUUGUGAAGCUGCUGAGUCUGGAUUACCCAGCAUGCUCUGAGAGAGAGGUGGAGGAUGAGGAGGAUCAGAGCAGUGUCAGAGAGGGGGUGCUGAAGAUCACACUGACCGUCCUGAGGAACAUGAACCAGACUGACCUUGCUAACACACUACAGACCAAAUUGGCUCCGUCUUGUCAUCAGAAGCUGAAAUCAACACUGAAGGACAAAUUUCAGAAAAUUAAUGAAGGAAUCUCAAAUCCUGGAACCUCAACCCUUCUGAAUGAGAUCUACACGGAGCUCUACAUCACAGAGGGAGGGAGUGGAGAGGUCAACAAUGAACAUGAGGUUAGACAGAUUGAAACAGCAUCCAGGAGACCAGCACAGGAGAAACCCAUCAAAUGUAAUGACCUCUUUGAAGAUACUUCCAUCAGAACUAUGCUGACUAAAGGAGUUGCUGGAAUUGGAAAAACAGUCUCUGUGCAGAAGUUCAUUCUGGACUGGGCUGAAGGAAAUGCAAAUCAUGACGUUCUCUUCAUAUUUCCACUUCCUUUUAGAGAGCUGAAUUUGAUGAAGAAGAAAAAACUCAGCAUGUUGGCUCUUCUUCAUCAGUUUUUUAGAGACACAACAAAAUUAAAACCAAGUGACUAUCAUCACUACAAAGUCCUGUUCAUCUUUGAUGGUCUGGAUGAGUGUCGACUUCCUCUAGAUUUCCAGAACAAUGAGAGCUUAUUUGAUUUAACACAGUCAGCCACAGUGGAUGUGCUGCUGACAAACCUCAUCAAGGGGAAUCUGCUUCCCUCUGCUCUCCUCUGGAUAACUACUCGACCUGCAGCAGCCAGUCAGAUCCCUCCUGAGUGUGUUGACCAGGUAACAGAGGUUCGAGGGUUCAGUGACCCCCAGAAAGAGGAGUACUUCAGGAAGAGAAUCAGUGACCAGAGCCUGGCCAAUAAAAUCAUCUCCCACAUGAAGUCCUCAAGAAGCCUCUAUAUCAUGUGCCACAUCCCAGUCUUCUGUUGGAUUGCAGCCACUGUUCUAGAGAGGAUGUUUGGUGAAGCAAAGAGAGGAAAGAUCCCCAAGACUCUGACUCAAAUGUUCUCACACUUCUUGAUCUUUCAGAUCAAACACAAGGACCAAAAGUACCAUGGAAAAUGUGACACUGAUCCUCAGCAGACUAGAGAGAGUAUUCUGGCACUGGGAAAACUGGCUUUCCAACAGCUGGAAAAAGGCAAUCUGAUCUUCUAUGAGGAAGACCUGAGAGAGUGUGGCAUUGAGGUCAGAGAAGUGUCAGUGCACUCCGGAGUUUGUACCCAGAUCUUCAGAGAGGAGUUUGGGCUGCACCUGGGGAAGGUGUUCAGCUUUGUGCACCUGAGUGUUCAGGAGUUUCUGGCUGCUUUAUAUGCAUUUGUCGCCUUCAUCAGUGGAGAUGGAACAGAUCAGCGAACCACUGAUCUCUCUGGUAUUUUCAAUAAGUCAGAAAUGUCACACUUCCUCAAGGUUGCAGUGGACAAGGCCUUACAGAGUGGGAAUGGACACCUGGACCUUUUCCUCCGCUUCCUUCUGGGCCUCUCACUAGAGUCCAAUCAGAUUCUCUUACGAGGCCUACUGACACAGACAGGAAGCAGCUCUCACAGCAAAGGGGAAACAGUCCAGUACAUCAAGGAGAAGAUCAGGGAGAAUCCCUCUCCAGAGAAAACAAUCAAUCUGUUCCACUGCUUGAAUGAACUGAAUGAUAAUUCUCUAGUGCAGGAAGUCCAAUCAUACCUGAACAGAGGAGGUUCCAGUGGACUCAGUAGAGCUGAGCUCUCUCCUGCUCAGUGGUCAGCUGUGGCGUUUGUGUUGCUAAAUUCAGAAGAGGAGCUGGAUGAGUUUGACCUGAGGAAAUAUGAUCCAUCAGAGAAAUGUCUUCUGAGGCUGCUGCCAGUGGUCAAAGCAUCCCAAAAAGCUGUACUAGCUAUCUGUAUUCUCACCCCAAUGUCCUGUAAAAAACUAGCAUCAGCUCUACAAUCAGUAAAUUCCACCCUGAAAGAGCUCGACCUCAGUAACAAUGACUUGCAGGAUUCAGGAGUGGAGCUGCUCUCUGCUGGACUGAAGAGUUUACACUGUAAAUUGGAGACACUCAGAAUGUCUGGUUGCAUGGUUACAGUUAGAGGCUGUUUUACUCUGGCUUCAAUUCUGAAAUCAAACACCUCCCACCUGAGAGAACUGGAUCUGACCUAUAAUCACCCAGGAGAUUCUGGAGUGAAGCUGCUCUUUGAACUACUGGAGGAUCCACACUGCACACUGGAGAAAAUACACCUUGCAGAUCCUGCUGGAUCAAAAUGGAUGAAACCAGGACUGAAGAAAUAUGCUGUUAAUCUCACUCUGGAUCCAAACACAGUGAACAGAAAUCUCUCUCUUGCUGAGAGGAACAGAAAGGUGGAGCAUGUUUGGGAAAAUCAGCGUUAUCCAGAUCAUCCAGACAGAUUUGAGUACUGGGAGCAGGUUCUGAGUGUGGAGAGUCUGACUGGACGCUGUUACUGGGAGGUUCAGUGGAGCGGAGAUGGAGCUGAUAUAUCAGUAUCAUACAGAGGAAUCAGGAGGAAAGGACGCAGUACGGACUGUGUGUUUGGAUUCAAUAAACACUCCUGGAGUCUGAACUGCUCUAAUAACAGUUACUCUGUCAGACACAAUAAUCAGGAAACUGUCCUACCUGCCCCCCCCUCCCCCUCUAACAGAGUAGGAGUGUAUCUGGACUGGGGGUCCGGCACUCUGUCCUUCUACACCAUCUCCCCUAACACACACACACUGACCCACCUACACACACUCACCACCACAUUCACUGAACCGCUCUACGCUGGGUUUGGAGUUAAUUAUUAUGACUCCUCAGUGAGUCUGUGUGAAAUAGAAUAACAAGGGAGAGAGAGA